AUGGCCUGCAGCCUGAAGGACGAGCUGCUCUGCUCCAUCUGCCUGAGCAUCUACCAGGACCCGGUGAGCUUCGGCUGCGAGCACUACUUCUGCCGCCGCUGCAUCACGGAGCACUGGGUGCGCCAGGAGCCGCAGGGCGCCCGCGACUGCCCCGAGUGCCGCCGCACGUUCGCCGAGCCCACGCUGGCGCCCAGCCUCAAGCUGGCCAACAUCGUGGAGCGCUACAGCGCCUUCCCGCUGGACGCCAUCCUGGGCGCCCAGCGCAGCCCCUUCCCCUGCAAGGACCACGAGAAGGUCAAGCUCUUCUGCCUCACGGACCGCGCCGUCGUCUGCUUCUUCUGCGACGAGCCCGCCGUGCACGAGCAGCACCAGGUCACCAACGUGGAUGACGCCUUCGAGGAGCUGCAGCGCGAGCUCCGGGAGCAGCUCCAGAGCCUGCAGGAGAGCGAGCGCGGCCACACCGAGGCCCUGCAGCUGCUCCGGCGGCAGCUGGCCGACACCAAGUCGUCGGCCAAGAGCCUGCGGGUGACCAUCGGGGAGGCCUUCGAGCGGCUGCACCGGCUGCUGCGGGAGCGGCAGAAGGCGAUGCUGGAGGAGCUGGAGGCGGACACGGCGCGCACGCUCACCGACAUCGAGCACAAGAUCCAGCGCUACAGCCAGCAGCUGCGCAAGGUGCAGGAGGGCAGCCAGAUCCUGCAGGAGCGCCUGGCYGAGGCCGACAAGCACGUCUUCCUGGCCGGCGUCGCCUCGCUCUCCGAGAGGCUCAAGGGCAAGAUCCACGAGACCAACCUCACGUACGAGGACUUCCCCACGUCCAAGUAUAUGGGCCCGCUGCAGUACACCAUCUGGAAGUCGCUCUUCCAGGACAUCCACCCCGUGCCGGCCGCGCUCACGCUGGACCCCGGCACGGCCCACCAGCGCCUCAUCCUCUCGGACGACUGCACCAUCGUGGCGUACGGCAACCUGCACCCGCAGCCGCUGCAGGACUCGCCCAAGCGCUUCGACGUGGAGGUGUCGGUGCUGGGCGCCGAGGCGUUCGGCGCCGGCGUGCACUACUGGGAGGUGGUCGUCUCCGAGAAGACGCAGUGGAUGAUCGGGCUGGCGCACGAGGCCGUCACCCGCAAGGGCAGCAUCCAGAUCCAGCCGAGCCGCGGCUUCUACUGCAUCGUCAUGCACGACGGCAACCAGUACAGCGCCUGCACCGAGCCCUGGACGCGGCUCAACGUCAAGAGCAAGCUGGAGAAGGUGGGCGUCUUCCUGGACUACGACAAGGGUCUCUUGAUCUUCUACAACGCCGACGACAUGUCCUGGCUCUACACGUUCCGGGAGAAGUUCCCGGGCAAGCUCUGCUCCUACUUCAGCCCCGGGCAGAGCCACGCCAACGGCAAGAACGUGCAGCCGCUGCGCAUCAACACCGUGCGCAUCUAGCGCCGCGGGGAGCGGCCGGACAGCGGGGAGCGAGCGGCGGAGA